UGACUCUAUUUCGGGACCCCGUGUUGUUCGAAAGGUCAGAUAAAGAAGCAUAGGCAUCCUCACAAAGCAGAUGGGUGGGGGUGUCUGGUGAAAGGGGGUGAAGGCAGAUAUCCACAAACCAACACACACAUCACAAACACAGGGGCAGUGCUGACAGAGAGGGGGGAGACAGGGAAGCAAAGAAGAGUAGUGAGGAGCAGAGAGCAAGACAUUGAGCAGGCUUCCUGUGAGGAGGAUUGACUGAAUGAAAACUUUCUAGGGAAGAUAGAUCAUUUAAUCGUCCCGGGGCGUUAGUUUAAAAGAGAGUCUGGUUUGACCUUUGAUCCAGUGGAUAAACAGACAUUUCUGGACAUCAUGGAUGGAGAAUCGUCCAGCCAGGCGACAUCUGAGACGACCAGUCAGACUGACACCAACAACAACAACAACCAGACAGAUGAGCCCGAGCUUGAGGAGAGUAAAGGGAGAGAGCCUCCAGCAGAGGAGACAGUGGAAGGUCAGGGAGAUAAGGGGGAGAAGGGGAAGGAAGAUUCAGUACCAGAGCAGGGAGGAGAAGAGGAAGGCAGCGCCGGAGAUGCAGACAAGCCUCAGACUCCUCCAUCAAAGCAUACCAAAUGUGACGCUGAAGAAGCUGAAGAGGCUAAAAAGGCUGAAGAGGCUGAAGAAGAAAAGGCCUCCGCUGAUGUUGACUUGAAAGAUCCUGAACCGACGAGUGGAGAAAACGAUGGGGAGGGAGAGAGGAAGGAAGACGAGACAGGUGGGCAGGUGGAGGAGGUCAAGAGUUGUGAGACUGGAAAAGAUGGAGAGGAGAUGACAGACAAAAACAAAGAGGAGAAGAAGAAGAGCAAAACAGAGGAAAAGGCAGAAAAAGAUGUGAAUGAAAAAGCAGCAAAAGGGGCAGAGAAGACAAAACAAGUCGAGGAAGCGGAUUUAGAAACAAAAGACAAAGGAAAGAGUAAGGAGGUAGAAAAGCAAGGGAAGCCCAAAAGAAAGAGUGGUCCUCCCUCUUCUUCUGUCUCCCGACCGAGACCCUCAGCACGCUCUAUUAGAGCAGCUGCUAAAAACGACAUCAUUGCCAAGUUCCAACAAGGUGCACCAGAGACACCGGCACCACGCAACUUCAAAAUUCAGAGGUCAUCUACGGCCGGGGCUACAGGAGCUUCAAUCAAACAGAAGAUGCUUCAGUGGUGUCGCAGCAAGACUCGCAACUAUGAGGGUGUCAACAUAGAGAACUUCUCAUCGUCCUGGUGUGACGGGCUGGCCUUCUGCGCUCUGAUCCAUCGUUUCUUUCCUGAUGCUUUCGACUUUAGCUCCCUGAAACCAAAGGAGAGGGAGAAAAACUUCACUCUGGCCUUCCAAACUGCAGAGUCCCUGGCCGACUGCUACCCUCUGCUGGAAGUGGGUGACAUGAUCAUGAUGGGUAAAAACCCGGACCCCAUGUGUGUGUUCACAUAUGUCCAGUCCAUGUGCCACAGCCUCUCCAAAAUAGAGAAAGAGAGGAAGGACAGGAAGGAAAAGGAGGAGAAAGACAACAAGGUUGAUAACGAGGGAGAGGAGAAAGAUAAAGGAGAGAUGUCACCGGAGAAGGACGAGGAAGAGUCUGCUGAGGACAGGACGAUGGAAAGCCAAGAGGAGACACAGGGAGAUAUUACAGAGACAGAGGGGGCUGGCGAGGAUGAAAAUGCACCGAAGAGCUGUGAGACGGAGGGAGAUGGAGGAGUGUUAGUCAAGGCAGAGUCCUAGAAAAAAAACUGAUGGCAAACAAAGACUGAAAAGACCAAAAAGAGUGUUGAUGGUUGUGGUACUUCAAUGAGUAAGUCUUAGUUUGGUGUUGGAUUGACUGACUACGUGAUGUUAGUUAACUGCAAUCCUAUACAGUAUGUUUGAAAGUGUAGUCUACUAUGCUGUGUAUUUGUUGCAUAUGUUUGUAUUGAGCACAUCAAGCAGAAAUGUUCAGUUCCUUUAUUUGCUGUGUGUUUAUAGAAAACGUGAAUUAAAUAAUGAACUUGUGAA